AUGGCACAAAUCAAUAACAGACGAUCUGUACUUCAAAGACAUAGAUGGAAGUUGUUAAUAUCUCUGUUCAGUGUAACGGCAGUAUGUGCUACGGGUUCUAUUGUAAUUUUUUUAGUUAAGAGAUGGUUAUAUAGACAACAAUUGCGAAUUAGGGAAGAUCAUUUCAUGAGAGAACAAAUGCGCAGAAGAUUCAUACAAACUCAGGAGGAUUCAUUGAGGACAUUGUGUCAAUUGAUACCUGUAUUUGCAAUAAUCCUUAAUAAAGACGAAUUAAAUAUCGAUGAUUUGUUUAAUGAAUUAAAGAAUAAGAAAAAAGUUACAGGGGAGUCUGGUGAUAUUGAAAAUAAUGAAAAAAGUAAAGCGGAAUUAUGGAAUGAAUUAAAGACUAAUAGUUUGGUAAAAAUUAUUACAAUUACUUAUACAAUAUCUACUUUUUUCUUAUUAACAAGAUUACAAUUAAAUAUGUUAGCAAGAAGAGAAUAUUUGGAGAGUGCUGUGAAUAUGGGUGUAGAGAAAGAGAAGAAUGAGUCAAAGGGGCAAUACUCCAUAGUAUCUCUAAUAACUGGAUUUUGGAAUUAUAAUAACAGGAGUAAUGAUCAAGGGAAUAUUAUUAAUUCAACAGAUGAUAAUCCAAUGGGACCAGACAUUAAACAUAACAAAAUCACAUAUAUCAAUGAACAAGGAUAUUUAUCAUUAUCAUGGUGGCUACUAAAUAAUGGCUACAAGACAUUUAAGAGAUUAGCACAUAAUUAUGUCACAGAAGAAUUUGAAUCAAUAAACCCUAGAGAUCAAUUGACUCUAAUAGAAUUCAGUAAUCAUCUAAGUAAUGUUUUCCAAGCGAUAAAUAAGGAUAUCUUAAUAUCGAGAGAAGAUAGCAUAAAGAUGAGAGAUAUUAUACUUCCUGGCGAUAAUGAUUUAUUUAAGGUCUUACUACAAACUUUGGAUAAAGAUGAAUUAGAAUUACUACAAGAAGAUGAAACAGUUUUGAGAAGAUUAAUGUCUGAACUCACGAAAUGUAUAGAGAGCAGUGCAUCGAAUAUUGUACUUGAAAAUCUAGUGAAUGAAUCCUACCAAUACAUUAUGAAUCACAUAGAGACCAAAAUGAUAGCAAAGAGUCAAAAGAUUCCUAAUGUCUCCAGGGAAUCCUCAUUUCAAAUGGCAUUAUUUGCAAUAGUGACGAAGGAUACAUGUCAUGAUAUGUUACCAAAAAAAAAUCAUAUGAGCGGUACAUCUAACGAAUACUUACAAUGUCUAGACAGACUCGAAGUUCUAGAUGAUUUAAGUUCUAGUGUCUAUAGCAAUUUCAAUGUAUAG